CCUACAGAUUCUACGAAGUAUAAAUACCUAGGUGAUCGACCCGACUCUUCUGCAUUGCUCUAUAGCACAUUCAUCUACGCCUUCCACACGAGACCACUACUUCCAACGUUACUACGAUGAAGUUCAACGCGAUCGCUCUAGUUAUUGCCUUCGCAGCCACGGCAUUGGCAGAUGGCUGCUUCUUGGAUGGCAUGAGCCACCCCCAAGGAUACACUAUCUGCGAUGCGGGUAAAGUCAAGACUUGCAACGGGCAAGAUUUUGUGGUAGGCGAUUCAAAGGCUUCCAUGUGUAUUCUCCCAGUGACUAAUAUUGGUGUGUAUAGGAGACGGGCCAGACUUGCUAGUCGUACGACCCUCUAGCAUCGAAUUACUACUAAUGUAGGAGGAGGAUGGAAGAUAGGGCUCCGAGCCGAGGUUCCGAAGCGUGGUAGGGAAUGGAUUGAUGUGGUCGCAUGGCGUUU